AUGGCUUGCCAUGGGAAUACCAAGAAAGGAUAUCCGUGCAGCUUUAAGGAUACUACUGGUUACGGUUACUGCGGAAAACAUGUUGGGUGUGCUCUGAAGUUGGAGGGGAUACCGCCGCUUCAUGUGAAAAAGCCAUCCAAGAAGACCCAUUCACAUGGUACAGAGGGGAGCUGUGAGCCCCAAUAUGACUACUACCGGAUCAGCUAUGGGCCAUCCUACCUACCCGAGUAUCCAGUCGAGCCCCAAUAUGACGACUACGAAUAUAACUCUGAUGAGACACUCUACCUAACCCAGCAUCCCGUCACACGCUGGUUUGGGCCCAAGCUCGACAAAGAGCGUGAGGCUCGCGAACUUGCUUUUUGUGACGAGGUCGAAAAUACCAAGCCGUCAGACGAAUGGGUCAAGAGGCAGCACGAAUACUUGAACGCCAAUCCAUCUUUACGACAGUUGCUUGAUAUGGUGAUGAGUAGUACCAGUGAAUUUAGACCAAAGGGAAAACAAUUGCCAUCGAAUCUUCGUCUUUUGAUCAAGGGAAUUUGGGAAGCACCACGGACAGACCGCGAUAUUAUUGUGUUUCAUGGCAGACCCCAGCCAACCCUCGAACUAGACGGCUUACGGACGCUCUGCACUUCAUAUGAUUAUGAUUGCGCCAAAAGAUUUGGUGGAUGGGUCCUUCGGCUCAGAAUCCCACAGGGAACGCCGGCGAUCUUUAUCGGUGGAGACGAGGACGAGAUUCUCUUGCCUCCAGGAUUCCUGACGAAAGGAGGGUAUCAUAGUCCCGUGGAUUCUAUUAAGAUGCCAUCAGCGACAUUCAUAUGGCGCGAGGAUCUCAACCUCGACGGGUGA